AUGGCACUGCGUUACCCACAACAGAACUAUUACCUAUAUGGGCAGCCUCAGUGGCCAGAGGAUCUCAAACCCGCCCUGACCGAGGACGAUGCUUCCUCCAUCCUCGACGACAAGGUUCUUGAGGCUCCCACGCCAGCUGAUAUGACACCCGCCGAUGCUUCUGACACCCGACGUCCUCCAAUGCCAAAAAUGGAGGACGAUUACGCCUGGCACGAUCGUCCCCAGCCCGUCGUGCCUCAGCGUCAUUAUUCUCAACCCUCUAUCCCAUUAUCUAGCCCUCAUCCUCAGUACUUUUCUCAAGUCAAUCCCGUCAAUUGCCAGCCAAGCUACGUGCAACAACAGUCCUGGCCUCUUGCCGCCCGCUCCGAGGCAAAUACCCCCACCCCUUUCUUCACCCCCGUCCAGGAGCCCUUCGAUUCUCAUGUUCAAUAUCACGGCGGGCCUGUCAACUUCACUGCUUUUCCCCAGACAGAACCCGUCUCUGCGGUUUCCAUGUCGCCGCAGUCCAGCCAAGGAGGCUGGGCAUCCACCACUUCCUCCGAUGUCGCCGACACCAAUCGACCUGUCAGGCAUCGAUUCAGAGGCUCCUCGCCCAUGCUGGUCGUCAGAUCCGAUGGCAUCAGGAAGAAGAAUGCAAAGUUCGAGAUUCCCAAGGAGCGAAAUCUGCAGAACAUUGACAAUCUCAUCUCGUUGACCACAGACGAAGAGGAGAAGAAGGAGUUGAAGCAGCAGAAGAGGCUGCUACGGAAUCGUCAGGCAGCGUUGGACUCCCGUCAACGUAAAAAGAACCAUACCGAAAAGCUUGAGCAGGACAAGAAGGCGUGGGAUAAUCAAAAACAUGACCUCGAGGAAUCCGUGGCUCAUCUCGAGCAUACAUUGAACCAGGAAAGGGAACAAUGGUUGCAACAGCGACAACAGUACGAGCACUUCAUUCAGUCCUUACAGUAUGAGCGGGAUGAAGCCAUUCGCACAAAGACCCUCGAGACUGCUGAACUCCGACGCAUGAACAACAUCUUGAAGGACUCUGUUAGAGAUCUUGAACGCCAACAAGCCACCCGAACCUUUGCCUCGAACCCAUCCAAUGCCUUUGCAAAUGAUUUCAGCGACUUCCGGGCCCUUGAUCUCGAGGACACCUGGGAAGAUGAAUUUAGUCUCAUCAACAGUGAAGAUCUGAAGAUGGAAGAGUCUGACGCCUUGCAGAGGCAAGCCACGCCCCGACCACCCACAUCAUCCGCUCAAACUGCCGCGCCUCUCAGCCUCACCAAGCCGCUCGAUGUCAAGGUAGAUGCUGGCUUCAGUUGGAAUACGUUUUACAUGUGCUUGUUGUCCGGAGCCUUCAUUGUCUCGCAAGCCGGUUCCAAGGCCACCAAUGCUCCCACGUCCGUCGACAUGGUUGCUCCCAACAUGCCUAUUCUGUCUGACGACUAUCGUGCCGAGGCUGGUCAGGUUCUCAGUGCUGUACUGGCUUCAGGUCCUGAGGUUGCUCAUGAGAUAUUACCGCCUCGGCCCGCCCUUCCCGCCCAAGAUGAGUUCGGCGUCGUCAUGCCUGGCCCCACCACCUCGGUCCUUGACAAUCUUCAUGCAAAUCUGGUGACGCCAUCACGUCAACAACAAGCCCAAGCUGCCUUUUCAAUGUCUGCCGCCUCCUACAACCAUAUCACAAAUCCCGAGGGCAUGUUCGAUGAUGAUGACGACGAUGCUGCCGAGCUCAAGCCUACCCGUCUGCAGCAACUGUUUGCUCACAUGCAAGCCGAGAAAGACGAUAUCGACAAGAUGACCGGGCUCAGUGGCAAGGCAAGCCAAAGAAGUGUGCUCCUCGAUCGUGUCCCGGAGAAGGUCCUUCGCGACUUCAGAGAGAUGAUCGCACGUGUCGAGUAA